AUGCUCUUCUUCGGAAACUUCUUCUACAUCACCGUCCUCCUCAUCAACGCGGUCGCCAUCCUCAGCGAAGACCGGUUCCUGGCGCGCAUCAACCUCUCCCCUGCGUCCUACGAUCCGGCCUUUGGUGCCGGCACCGAUGCGAGCGUCAAGGCGAAGGCUAUACACCUCAUCGCCAGCAUACGGACGAUUAUGCGCAUGCCCUUGAUAUUCGUCAACUCGGUCAUCAUUCUCUACGAGCUCGUCCUCGGCUGA